ACAUUAUGUCUUUUGUACUCUUGAAAAACAGAAAUGGAGAAUAUACUGUCUCUAAACUCUCCUUUGACUCUGGAAUCGAUGCGAUAGGCGCCGAGGAUGGGCGCGAACCUGACGCUACGAUCGGAAACCUGGAAUUCCUUGACCCAGGCGUCGUAAUUGCUGGACUGGCUGAAUCUUGCGGUAUAAAUGAUGAGGAAUCUGCAAAUCUCCUAAAUGGAAGCUGUAAAAUAUCCGAUUUGGCGCCCCUGAGUUACUCUAUUCUCGUCAAGGAAUCCGAAAAGGUCAUUCAUGGCGACUAUUACCACUACAAGCUGCAGAAUGGGGUAGUCAUCUUCGGUCUAAAUGAAACACAUCAAGUGGUAAAGUCAAUGGAGCUGGAAUUUGAUGUAGAGGUCAUACUGAACCAAAAUGUGCUCUCGGCAAUACGCACAAAUUCACGCGGUAAACGCAAAAGAACGAAAAAAGGAGAAGAUACGCACGUUUGUACAAUUAAAGUUGGCAAUGUUGAGCACGAAAUACACCUGACUGAACAUGUUGUAAAGUGUAGGUUUCCUCAUAAAUUUUGCAUGCACGUGUCCCAUUCCUCCUCCAAAAUUUUGUCUCUUGGACACUUUGUGUUGGACACUCGAAUUUUACCACUCACAAAACAGUCGUAAUAAACAUCUAUAGAUGAACUAAUAGAACUAAAUGAACACCUCGUUGAUGAACCAAGGUUACUCUUGUCAAAAGAGGGAUGGAUCGCAAUGUUGUUAGACAAGCACAAGACGCUCUGGCAUAAGCGAGAAAAUCGCGAAUUUAUGAAACAGUUAAAAAAGUAGAUGGAUCUAUUACAUAGAUAAGUAAUAAAGC